UGGCGGAUGCAAGCGGAACCUCUGGUUAAUCUUCUUGGGGUCUCGUCGAUCGUACUAUCAGUAUUCGAGGAGGUUUAGGAGGGAGAGAUCUCUUGAGGGGGUGUAAGUUGUUAAGAGUCUUGGCAUACGUAUUGGGAAGUGGGCUUUGUGAAAUAGUUUGUGUGCCCAAUUGCUUGUUAUGCAGAGAGAUAAGAUUAGAUUCUAACAACAUAUCCAGCGAUCGGUUGUUGAAUUCUGUUCUUGCCGUUAGUCCUUCUAGCAAGACCGCUAGUUGUCCCAUAGGCAACUAAGUGCUGCCCCGAAACUUCAGGUUAUUUAUCUCCAGCUAUCCCGACAAAUCCGUAUUGCCCAGAGUCCAGAGGAUCCAAAUGCAGAAUUGCCGACUCGACGUACAAAGGUGACUGCCUUCCUAUGGUCUCCCUGAGGCGAAGUAGAUGGACCUUCGCGCUACCUUCCCAGAAGGUCUGUGAUGCUCUUAAGCGGACACGAGCGAACCACACCCCUACAACGUGCUAAGCUCCCAAGCUGCAAGAUCAGGCAAGACGCGGACAUUAUCAGCCAAACCGGCACGUUGUCUGUUGACAACAAUAGCUUUACAAUCUAUUCCCUUGAUAUUUACCUAUUGGCACUGUCGAGGACAUUCAUUGCGAUGCAAACCAGAAUGACAGUUCGAGAACGCUAUUUGCGCAUGCUGACGUUAUUAUGGGGUUCCGAUGUCCUGGACCACGUUGUCAAGGGUGCAAUGUGUACGGCGAACCAGGGAGCUUAUAAAAAAUGCUUCGUACAUCAUGCGACUCCACUACUCUGCCCUUACUAUACCCACCCACACUUUCUUGCUCAGAUCGCACCUGAAUUACUGGUUAUUGAACGUGAAGUACCGCUAUGGCUACGACUAAUGGUCUCCGUGUGUUCUUGUAUGUUGUAUUGUGGUUAUUUGCGGCUGUACUCUUAGGCUUGACUGCUCAACGGUUACACUACACAACUCAUAUCCCUCUUGGAGACCCUCUGCAUGACGGGGUACCCUUUUAUGACCCUAUAAUUGCCGAGUUACUGGCCUCUUCGGUGUUGACGGUAUUAUGGGUACCCUUUGUGGUGCACGUACUCCAUCGCGAUGACGACUAUGGUUUCGUUGGAACGUUCGCAGGAGAGAUCCUCGGACUUUUUACUCUAUUCAUACUUUGGCUUGUUGGUGCGGCCAUCGCCACUACGUUCUGGGGUGACCUUUCAUGGUGUCAUCAAUUCCUGCCAUGUCGAAUUCUCACCGUUAUCGUCGCCUUCGCGUGGAUGGGCUGGAUCAUCCUCCUCACGUUGCUCAUUAUCAGUCUACUCUUCGCUUUCAUGAACAACUCAUUUGGGAGACCGCUUCAUGGACGAUACGAUCCGAGAGGAAGGCGUUCCUGGAUGAGGAAAUGUUGGGCUUAGUAUAUGAGAUUCAGUGAUGACGAAGACGAAGGCACGACGAAGGUUGGGCUUCAUGAUUACGAUUGGUUCUUGUACAGUAGGUUUUUGCUACUAAUACACUGUUAGUGUUGUAUUUAUUUUGAUCUUCGCCAAGCAUGGCAGUAGGCUUCAGCUAUGUAGGAAUAGAUGUUUUAAAUACCAGGAGUUUGUCUAUUGGAUACAACACAUCGGCGAAGUUUAGUAAAGUCCAAAGCUGUUUACACUCGAGCGCCGUAUAAAAACAACGUAUCACUCUACUCUGCGAAUGGGUUGUCGAGCAACAAAAAGCGCAACUACACCCACAAGCCGAAUUUCAACUUCCUCAAACCGCUCCUUCAACGAUGCCAAGAGUUUAUCUUGGCUAUCCCGGAUAUUGGAGAAUACACCCUUGGCAUUAUA